AUGGCAAGGAAUAUCUUUGCUGGUUUUAGUCUUCCAGUUGAUGAUAGUUCAACAAGUGAUGAAUCUGAAGUAUCAGAUGAAGAAGAUGAUGAGUGGCAGCCAUCAGUACCUGAAGACCCUACUGGUUCGACUACAAGUAGCUCUGAUGACGAUGAUGAUGCAUCUGCGUACACUGAACAGGCACCAUCAGCUAUCAACAAUGUGCCAAAUGCUGACAGUCAUAACCAUAUAGAAACAAAUCAAGCUGAUGGUGAGCGACACGAUGAAGUGGGAGAAAACAAAAUACUUGGGAAAGACAAAUCAACAUUGUGGUAUUCUAGACCAGUGCCGGAAUUACGCAUUCCCAGGAAAAAUGUAUUCACACUGCCUAAGAACCAAACACCCUUCACUGAUCAUGUGGUUUCUCCAACAGAAGCGUUCCUUCUGUACAUGAACGACAAUAUGAUACAGACAAUUGUUGAUUGCACUAACAGGGAAGGAGAGCAAGCAAGACAAGACAAAUGGGAGACAACUGAUGCAACUGAAAUGAAAGCUUUUAUAGGAUGCUUACUCCACACUGGUGCUCUUCACCAGAACAGAAUUUCUGUUGACCUGCUAUUCAGUCCUGUACAUGGAAAUCCUCUAUUAAGGGCAGCUUUUUCUAUGAAGAGAUUCAGCAACCUUCUGAAUCACAUUCGUUUCGACAACAAGGACACUAGAUCAGUUCUUCGUUCUCGUGAUGUUUUUGCUCCCAUAAGGGAUAUUUGGGAAUUGUUCCAUAGCAAUCUCGCAAGGUAUUAUGUUCCUGGAGAGAACAUAACUGUCGAUGAACAACUUGUUGGUUUCAGGGGUCGUUGUAGGUUUAUUCAGUAUAUGCCAAAUAAACCAGAUAAAUAUGGCAUACAAAUAUUUUGGGCAUGUGACUCUUUAUCCAACUAUCCAUUGCGAGGCUGCCCAUAUCUUGGUAAAGAAAAAAGAAGUGCCCUGCCAGAAAAAACAAAUGUAGGAAUUGCAUCAGAGAUUGUGGUUUCUCUCACAAGAGACUUUCAUGGAAGUGGUCGUAAUAUUACGACAGGCAAUUAUUUCACGCACUUGCAGCUUGCAGAAACAAUGGCCAAAAGUAGGCUGACGCUAGUUGGAACAGUGAAGAGAAACAAGACAUUCCUACCUCAGGACUUUCAACAAAAAAAGCAUCUGCCCUUGAAUGACUCUGCAUUUCUAUUCCGACCAGAAACCACACUGGUCAGUUAUCAAUCAAAAAAGCAGAAGAAUGUCUUGUUGCUUAGCACCAAGCACAACGUCCCAGACAUUGACAGUACAAAUGCAUCAAAAAAGCCAGAAAUCGUGCUCUACUAUAACAAGACUAAAGGGGGUGUAGAUGCUAUGGAUCAAAUGGCUAAGGCAUUCACUGUCAAACGUAAAACAAAAAGAUGGCCAUUGGUUGUCUUUUUCAACAUGAUUGACUUGGCAUCAAUAGCUGCAAGAGUCAUAUAUCAAUGCAAAUAUCCCACAAGUUCUCUGGCUCAUGGAGACAACAGACAGCUGUUCAACAUUGACGUGGCCCAAUGCCUGACCCUCACACAAAUACUGAGGCGAUCUGGCCAAACACAUCAGGACAUCGUAAGACAGAAUAUCACCAAUGAGAAUGAGGCUGAGAAAAAUGUAAACCGAGACUCGAGAUGUGAGCAAAAAUAUAGCGACUCCGGGUGGAUUACACCCAGUCGCCGGGGAAAGGUUAUAGAGCUCGAAGUGAACAUUGAAGGCUAUUCGUAG